AUGGCUAUUCUCCGUUAUAUUGUUGUUCAUACAAGGUGGACAGCCCUCUUUGCCUCUGUCUUUUCCAAACAAAAGUCAAGUGUAGAAAUUCUACUCAAAUUGGGUGCCAAUCCAAACAUUCCAAGUGAUAAAGGAGAAACACCACUUCAAUUUGCCAGAAAGCAAAAAUUGGAUGAUCUUGCCGAAUUACUCUCCAAGAAUACAUCUUCAUCAGCAAUACUUAUUGAUGAUGAUAAUACAACAUUAUCAAAUCCUAGCCUUCCUCCAUCCAAUUCUAAUUCUACAAACAUUUCCGUAGUCUCUAAUUCUUCUUCUUUAUCAUCAGCACAACAUGUAAACAAUAAUAAUAACAAUAAUAUUAGUAAUAGUACUUCUAUGAUUACUAACAACAAUAACAGCAAUCAUAAUAAUAGUAGUGUUGUUUCUAGUAAUACUGUUCAACAUGCAGAAGAAGAAGGAAAACAAAAUAAUGAUGAAGAGAAUAUUUGGGAUAUCAUCAAUGAAGGAAUUAAACUUUCUGAAGAUUUGGAUGAGAAAUUGAAUGGACUUUCACUUUCGGAUAAGAAGAGUAGAGUGGAAGAAGAGGAAUUGCUCUUGUCUCCACUUGUAUUCGAAAGUGAAAGUUUACAAGUGAUUUCGUUUAGAUAUCCUGAUCAUUUCACACAUAAAUUUGGUGAUUUGGAUUACACAACUAGAAUGCUAACCAUUCACUUUGUGUUGGAAUCAACUUUAUUGACAGAACAUUUAAUUUCAAAAUUACAAGGAAAGUUUAAUGUUGGAAAUGAAUUUAAACUUGUGGAAAAUCAAGUUCCAACAAGAAAGAUUUCAAUUAAAUAUCAAGUUUCAAAGGAGGUUGAUUUGAAUACUUUGAAAACCUCUAUUACUGAUAUACAUUCCAAAAUUGGGAAUGAUAUCAAGCCAUUGAGAUAUUUACUCUUGAUAUUUUCAAAGAAUAAGAAAGUGGUCAAUCUGGAAGAGACAACCAUCGAUCUGUAA